AGUGUUAUUUUGUUUAAACGCUUCAUUCCUUCACAUGAAGGAGCUUUUUAAAGUAUUUCAGUUUUCCGGUUAAACAUUAAAGCAGCGGUUGGUGGUUGGUUAAAAGUAGGUCUGUGUGUCAGCGGAGCGUUUCCGGGUUCUGCUGCCGAGUUGCCAUCACCUGCUCCAGCCUCCUUCCUCCUGCUAAGUCAGCGUCAAGCAGCUCCGGAGGCCCGGACACGGAACCGACCCAGCAGCCGAUAAGCUGGCCCGGUCCAUGUCUGCUCGCUGAAAGCCUAAACCAGAGGAGGGACAGCGGGCAGCGGCGAUGGCGGCGUCGCUUCUCUCCGAGACCGACAUCAGGCACCGGUCCAUGGCGGAGGAGGAUCCGAACGGGAACGAGCAUGGUGCGGCUGCCCGCAGCGCGGCGCCUCGCUGGGGGCCGCAGCACGCCGGGGCCCGGCAGCUGGCCCGGCUCUACUCCCCAGGUAAACGAUUUCAGGAGUGGGUUUGUGUGAUUCUGUGCCUGUUCCUCUUCAUCAUCAACUUCUUCUUCCUCCUCCUGCACUUCUCCACCGUUCACAUCUACAAGAUCAUCCUCGGCAUUGUUUUGGGAAUAGUGACGGCAGAUUUUGCCUCGGGGAUUGUCCAUUGGGGAGCCGACACCUGGGGAUCCGUGGAUAUUCCUGUUGUUGGGAAGGCUUUCAUCCGGCCGUUCAGGGAGCACCACAUCGACCCGACCGCCAUCACUCGGCACGACUUCAUCGAAACCAACGGCGACAACUGCACGAUCCCCAUCCUGCCGCUCGCCCACAUGGCCUACAGGUUCCUCACAUGCACACCAGAGGCUUUGGCGGCGUCUUACCCCUGGGACUGCUACUUGUUCGCCUUGGCGGUUUUUGUGACGCUGACCAACCAGAUCCAUAAGUGGAGCCACUCCUACUUCGGCCUCCCGCGCUGGGUCACUCUGCUGCAGGACUGGCACCUGGUGUUGCCACGGAAACACCACCGGAUCCACCAUGUUUCACCACAUGAGACGUACUACUGCAUCACCACAGGAUGGUGCAACUAUCCACUGGACCAGCUGGGCUUUUGGAGACGGAUGGAGUGGCUGAUUGAACAUCUGACGGGCCAGAGACCGCGAUCCGACGACAUGGCGUGGGCCAAGAAGACCGACUGACGGACAAACCCAGUGAAACCAGUAACAGGGGAGAAUCAGGCGUGUAAAUGCAAAUAUGCAGAUGUAGAAAUGAUGGACAAAUGUUUAGAAACAGAGACAAACUUUUUUUUUCUGGUAUCGCUGCGCUUCUCGCUUUUUUUCUGCUUCAGAACAAACGACGUGUUCAGAGAAAGAAAGUCUUUGUUGUUGGUGUAAAAGCUUUCUGGAUGUUCUGCAUCCAUCGGUUUGUCUUUAGACUCCUGAGGUGUUUGUUUAGUCGUGUUUCAGGUUUCUGGAGGUUGGGCUCUCCAGAAGAGACGCUGAGCUGUUUGGGACCAGCAGCAUUCGGUUACCAUCUUUAUUUUAGGUUUCUUUCUUGGUUUAUUGGGUAAUUUUUUUGUCAGAACCCACAAAGCAGGUGGAAUUAUGUUUAAAAAAUGGCUACAUUCUCACAAAAGUGUAAAAAUCUGCUAAUUUUAUGAUGUUUCCAUCUAAUAUUUUGGGAUCUAUAUUAACUUACAAGAUUUAACGUAUAUUUACUGAGUUAAACACUUGAUCUUCAUGAACAAUCAAAAAUCCUAAUAACUCCAGUUGGAUGUUAUGAUUUGUAUUCAGAUGUUUGUUAGAUCAGACCAGACUUAGACUUUAACUUUUAAGAUUUUAGAUGAAUUCAUUCUUUGCUAGAAACAAACCACAUUGGGAUCCAGAGGAGCAAUCAACUAUAAAUAUCCGUCCAACUCACAUAAAAUGGGUAAAAAUUACAAACAUAAGAUCCUAAUGUUGGUUCAUCACUUCAUUCAUUAACUUAAUCAUCGAUCCCUCAACCUCACCCAAAUUGACCAACCAAAUAGACCACCCAUCCAACCAAACGAACCCCAACUUAAAUCUAUUAACAAAUCAACCAACCACACCCAAAGUGAGCACCUAGCCAGACCCAACUGAAUCAGCCACUCAACAACCCAAAUUAACCAAUGCAACCCAAAUUGAAUAACCAACCCCACAAAAUUCAACCACCCAAUGAAGCAACCCCACCCAAAUCCCCAACCAAAUAGACCACCCAUCCAACCAAACCAACCCCCACUUAAAUCUAUUAAGAAAUCAACCAACCAACCAACCAACUCCACCCCAACCAGCCCAAUCCACAUAGACCAACCCAACGUAAAUCUAUUAACCAACCAAAUCGACAAACCAACAAGCCCCACCCAAACAGAUGAUCCAUCCAACCCCAUCCAAAAUCAACCAACUCCACCUUAAUCUAAAUAACCAACCUCACCCAAAUAAACAAACCAACCAGUUCCACUCAAAUCAGCCACCCAACCACCUUAAACCAAAUAGACCAGCUCCACUUAAAUAUGUUAACCAACCAACCCCAAAUCAGCAAAUCAAUCAACACCACCCAAACAGAUUCCACGACAAAACCCACCGAAAUUGUCAACCAAAUCCUAAAUUUCAAGGACAAAAUUAAACCAAAUCAAGUUACCAUUGUUGCAGGUGCUUGUAAUGACAGACGCAACUCACUAGGUGGCACUCUUGGCAAAGAGGGUAACAUAUUUUCACAUUUAUCAGUAAUGUAAUGUCUAUCUUUUCAUAUACUGACAUAUAAGCUUACAGAUGUGUCUACAUUUAGGUAGAUCCAUCAAAAUGUGCAGCAUUUUAUUUAAUAUGAUGUCGGCAGUGAUGGUAUAGUACAGUAUGUACAUUUUCCAAAUAAAGGCGAAAAAAACAACUAAAGGAUGUUCUCUAUUAAAAAUAAUGUGAUUUUGGUGAAAUGAGUAGAAGCCCCUCCCCCUUUCUGGACCUCCAUAUAUUGGCCCCUCCCCUUUUUUGAGCUCCAUAUUUGGGCCACUCUUUACUACUGAAACACCAGUGGUGAUGCCAGACACAGGCCAGAAAUGUCUUAUUUUACACUCACUGAUGCAUCGACUGUAUGAACAGUCGAUACAUCAAAACGUAGGUAUUUCUGUCUACUUUCACCCAGUGAGUCUCCCGCUGCUGUCAGACUUACAGUUUUCUGUCAGAUCAGCUCAGAGUGCAGAGAGCACUCACCCGUAAUAUAAUUCACCUUCAUUAUAUGUCUUUCUAAAUUGGAACAUACAGUCUCGGUCACUUGUUGUAUUUUCUACAUAAAACAGUACAAACUCUUAAAAAUGUACAUGCGUGUCUACCAGAAGGUUCUGGAGCUCCUGGUUUAACGAUUUUUUGAUACGACUUGUGGUUUUUCCGCAGCAUCUAUUUAUUUGAGUGUUAAAUUUUUUGUCUCUGCUCUCUGCCAGAAAUCGCCAUAGCAACCAGUGACUCAGCAUUUUCUCUGGUUCUUCUGUAUUAAUCAAACAGGCUUGGUCACACAGACCGUGAUAAUUUCAGUUAUUGUGUGACUCCUAAUUAAAAUUGAUUAAAUCAAGAACUGGGAGGUUCUUAGGAAAAACAGGAAAGGGGUUCUAGCUCAGACUUUCAAAAUAAAAACUCCAGACAGCUGCAGUGUCUCUUCAAAAUUUCUAACAUUUUAUUGAUCAUGAAACGAGAGAAUCUAGACUGAAAAUAAUGUGAAUAAAACUUUAAGAUCUUCCAUUUACCAAAUAAAAAUGAUGUUUGUUUCAGUUGUGACUUCUGGGUUUACAGCUCAGUCACAUUUAUCAGGUCGUCGGAACCGAAAAUAAAAUGUAAAAGUUGGUCUUUGAUGCUGCUUCAGAUGUUUUCAUUAAAGUGAUCGCUUUAUUGGCAGCAGAGGGAGGCCGUUUCUGACUGAACCCGAGCAUGAAGUCAAUUUUCUGGAGGAAGAAACUCCCAGCUCCGCUCUGACGCUCGAUCAAAUGAGAAAUGGGAAAAUAACUAUUUUGGUUUUUGCUUCUGUAACCGUCCGCUGCAGAGUCGAGCUGCUUCACUCUUGGCUUAAUUUCUGAAAGCUGCUCCAAUCACAGAUCAGCAAAAACAACAGCAUUUUAUGGUUGCACCAAGUAAACGGCGUCUUUAAUGCUUCACUCAGAUGAAAUCACAGAGGAUGCAUGCACACUGACAGAACGACUCUGUGUGUUCUGUUGUUUUUCUCUGGCUUUAUAAUUUUCUAUUUUUUUAUGAACAGAUCGAGCCUUGUUAGUUUCCAUUUUGCAGCUCGCUGCUGGUUUGCCUUAAUGUUUUUAUCUGCUGUUUGAUUUGAAUAAAGAUUUAGUAACUCCUGA